GGGAGAGGAGGCGGGACUUCCGCAUUUGUGGGCGGAUCCGGCUGGGUGUUGAUUUGUCAGUAAAAAAGCGGAGAUCAAUAUUACAACAUUGUGAUUUUUGUUUCUGAAUAAUAAAGUAAAUAGUUCGUUGCGCUCGCGGUAGAUCUGCAAUCAUGCCAGGAAUCGAUAAAUUACCAAUAGAGGAAACUCUGGAGGACAGUCCGCAGACUCGCUCUCUGCUCGGUGUGUUUGAGGAAGAUACAGCAGCCACAUCCAGUUAUUUCAGUCAGCUCUUCAAAGCCAUGCAGAGAAUCUACGACGCUCAGAAUGAACUGAGUGCUGCCACACAUCUGACGUCUAGAUUACUGAAGGACUACGAGAAGCAGCGUUUUCCUCUGGGAGGUGAUGAUGAGGUCAUGAGCUCCACUUUGCAGCAGUUUGCCAAAGUCAUUGACGAGCUCAGCUCGUGUCACGCCGUUCUCUCCACUCAGCUCGCAGACGCCAUGAUGUUCCCCAUCACACAGUUUCAGGAGAGAGACCUGAGAGAGAUUGUCAUCCUGAAGGAAGUGUUUCAGAUUGCAAGUGAUGAACACGACGCAGCUGUAAACAGAUACAGUCGACUGUCUAAACGAAGGGAGAAUGAGAAGGUGAAGAAUGAAGUGAUGGAGGACGUCUACACGUCCAGGAAAAAACAGCACGAGACCAUAAUGCAGUACUUCGCAUCGCUUAACAUGCUGCAGUACAAGAAGAAGAUGGCUCUGCUGGAGCCGCUGCUGGGAUACAUGCAGGCGCAGAUCAGUUUCUUCAAACUGGGCUCAGAGAAUCUGACGCAGCAGUGGGAGGAGUUUCUCACCAACAUUGGAACCAGUGUCCAGAAUGUUCGCAGGGAAAUGGACAGCGAUGCUGAAGCGACCGAGCAGACGAUUCAGGACCUGAAAGCGGCCAGUGACCCGCUCUACAUGCCCGACCCGGAUCCCAACAAGAUCCCUGUGAACCGCAAUCUGACCCGCAAGGCCGGCUACCUCAACACUCGCUAUAAGACGAGUCUGGUGUCGUCUGCUUGGGAUCGUCAGUAUUUCUUCACGCAGGGAGGAAACCUCAUGAGCCAGUCGCGUGGAGACGUCGCCGGAGGUCUCGUUAUGGACAUCGACAACUGCUCCGUCAUGGCUGUGGACUGUGAUGACCGACGCUUCUGCUUUCAGAUCACAUCGUUUAAUGGCAAGAAGGCCGUCAUAUUACAGGCGGAGAGCAGGAAAGACUGUGAGGAGUGGAUUGCGACCAUAAACAACAUCUCUAAGAGGAUAUACCUCAGUGAGAACCCAGAGGAAAUCGCAGCGAGAGUGAAUCAGUCGGCUCUGGAGGCUGUAACUCCUUCACCUUCCUUCCAGCAGCGGCACGACAGUUUCAGACCGAGCACGCAAGGUCGUUCGGGCAGUCAGUGCUCCGCGGGCUCCGAGUCUCCGGCGCUGUCGUCUCUGUCUCUGGAUUCGCUGGUGGCUCCGGACACGCCCAUUCAGUUUGACAUCAUCUCACCGGUCAGCGAGGAGCACACGAGUCAGGCCAAGAGCGGCGCUCAGGGCAGAAGGACCAACCCAUUUGGUGAAUCUGGAGGGUCAAAGUCUGAAGAAAGUGAAGACUCGAUUCUGCACCAGCUUUACAUCGUCCGGUUCCUGGGCUGCAUGGAGGUGAAGGCCACAGAGAGCACAGACGUCAUCUAUGAGACCAUGAGACAGAUCCUGGCCGCCCGAGCCAUUCACAACAUCUUCAGGAUGACCGAGUCUCAUCUGCUCGUCACCUGUGAAUGCCUCAAGCUUAUUGACCCACAGACACAAGUCACAAGACUAUGGUUUCCUCUCUCCAGCGUUGUGCUGUGUGCGUCACAUCAGGAGAACAAGCGCCUUCUUGGUUUUGUCCUGAAGACGGCAGGAGGACGAAUGGACGGACGACCCGUCACAGUCUGCUACGUCUUUGAGUCAAACAAUGAUGGAGAGAAGAUCUGUGACAGUGUAGGACUGGCGAAGCAGAUCGCCCUCCACUCUGAGAUGGACCGCAAAGCCACACAGAAACAGAGAGAUUUGGACAAAGCCAAGGAGAAACAACAAGAAGAACUUCAUAAACAAAAACAGAUCGAGAAGGAUCUCGAGGAACAAAGCCGUUUGAUAGCCACCUCUAGUCGACCCAGCCAAUCAGCUGCUGAUGGACAGUUCUUGGUCCUAAGCAACAGCCAAUCAGAGGACAGCGAGGCAGGAGAGGAGGGGCAGAAAAAGGGUGAAUCAAAUGCCUGAUGAAAACCGUUCAGUGCUUGGAUUCAACAAAUAUAUCACUUCCUGUUCUUCAAGGGUUCUUCAGAGUGGCCUGCAGAAGCAAUGAUUUAAAUAUGGAAAAAAAAGUGAAUUCUUUUUAAUUGUCGAAGUUGUUAUUUGUAGGAAUCCUGUAUUUUUACCAUAUCCGUUAUUGAACUGCAUUUGCUUUUAGAGGGUUUUAUAUAUGUAUGUGUAAAAAUGAAUCCACUACCAUGAUGAAGACGUAAGGCGAAAUUUAUUGCUAUAUUUCGAUCAAGUUGCACGUGUGAAUAAUAUCUGAUUUAAUACUAAAUAUGUUAAGGGCUUGGUUUUCUGUUCUCACUGAUAAUGUUUUAAGGCUGCAUGUUUUUUCGUUCGUAUCAUGUCAACGGUGGAAGAAUUGAGAGUGAAUUUCACAAAACAGGUCAAGAAUGUGAUGCAUUAUGGUAAAUCGAAAUAAUACUAAAUAUCUUAACCGGGGCAAAUCAAUUGUUUCUGAAAUAUGAGCCAUUCUUGAGAGAUUCUGUGAGGUUCAUCCUACUGCAUUUCAAAACGAUUUAUAAUAUGUCUUUGUUAUUAAUACAGUUCUGUUUUUUGUCCAUGAGCUAUUGCAACAAUGUUUCAUAAUAUUUUUCAUCUACACACUCAUAUGUUUGAUUCAUUUUAUAGACCGUUAUGUAAUCACUCACUGUGAUCACUAAGGAAUCAUUAUUUUUUUUUAAUCAUCUGAUCAAAUGUCUUUAAAAUUGGGAUGACGUCGUUUUUUUUUUUUGUUCUGUUUUGUAUAAGAUAUUUUGAAAUCUGCAUUGCACAUAAUGGCCAAAUAUACUGAAAUGGUUCGGCUUGUGGAUAAAAGUAACAGGUGAUGGAAUUGCAAACUGAAAUAUUCAAGUUUUUUGUUUAAUUAAAUACUGUAUCUCAUUCA